AAAAGAUAGAGUUUCAAUAUAAAUUCUUCAAAAGUAUAUCGAACGGUUUGGCUGUGCUGAAAGAGUACCACUUGGAUAUAUCCUAUCGGUACUGAAAAAUCACUCGUCAUAUUGGGAUCCUCCAAUCAUUGUCUCUGUCUCUCUCUCCACAGGCACAUACAUGUAUAUCAUCUGUACACUCACCCACAUAAAUGUCCAUUCAAGAUGAGCUAGAAAUCUCAGAGCUUUGCACCAAAAAAAGAAAUAUCAGUGCAUCUUUUGGUUCGAUUCGAUGAUAGGGAUGGAUCCUUGAACGUGCACGUUUCCAGAAGGGUGGUUGAAUACAAGCAGAGAUGAUUGAGAAGGAGCAUAAAAAGUUCCUAACUGUAGCACCCUUCGAGUGUGCUUGGCGUAAUGAUUUGAGGUUUAGGGAAGCUGGAAGAGGUUGCGUGGCUUUUGAAGCUUUUGCGCUCAACGAUGUCACUGUUGUGUUUAGAGAGCAUGUGGGUAGUCAACACUACCAUUACAAGAGGGAUAAUAGUCCUCACUAUACAGUAAUUAUAGGGAGUCACAGAAAUCGUCGACUCAAAAUCGAGGUUGAUGGGAAUACAGUGGUUGAUGUAGCUGGGAUAGGGCUAUGUUGUUCUUCCGCAUUUCAGAGCUAUUGGAUUAGUAUCUAUGAUGGGUUGAUUAGCAUAGGCAAGGGAAGGUACCCUUUUCAGAAUCUUGUUUUUCAGUGGCUUGAUUCGAAUCCCAAUUGUAGUGUUCAGUAUGUUGGGCUUAGUAGUUGGGACAAACAUGUUGGUUAUAGAAAUGUGAAUGUAUUGCCGUUAACACAAAACCAUAUAUCCUUGUGGACGAAUGUGGAUUGUGGGGAAUAUGAUGGAAAGGAGGAUUGUGAAGAAGCGAUGGAAAAUGAGAGUGGGAAUUAUGAAAAUUGGGGGCUUGGAAAUUUUCUUGAGAGUUGGGAACUAUCUGAUAUAGUCUUUGUUGUGGGCGAGGAGGAAAAAGCAGUCCCUGCUCAUAAGGUAAUCUUGGGGGCAUCCGGGAAUUUCAGUUCAAGUUUGUUGAACCAAGAUGUGAUCCAGCUUCAGGAUGUGAGCUAUCCAGUUCUUCAUGCAUUUCUGCAAUAUAUCUACACAGGCCAUACCAAGGUUUUGGAGUCGCAACUCAGCUCCCUGAGAACUCUGAGCCUAAAGUAUGAAGUGAUGCCAUUGGUGAAGCAAUGUGAAGAAAUUACAGAACGGUUUAAGCUGAACAAAAAGUUGUUUGACUCGGGCAAUAAUGUGGAGAUAUCAUAUCGGGGUUCUAAGCCCCAAUGUGGUACAGCCUUUCCCUCAGGACUUCCCCUCAGUAUGCAGAGGCUCAUACAAUUUCAUAUAACUGGAGAGUACAGUGAUGUGGACAUCUAUAUUGGCGGUCACGAUCUUGUCGCCCCUUCACAUAAAAUUAUCCUUGCUUUAUGGAGUAUCCCAUUUUUUAAGAUGUUCACCAAUGGAAUGAGUGAGAGCAUUUCCUCAAAGGUCCUUUUACAGGAUGUUCCACUAGAAGCAUUCAAAGCUAUGCUUGAGUUCUUGUACUGUGGGGAACUUGGUAGUGAAGACACCGCAGAUAUUGGUACCUUGCUAAUCCAGCUUCUUCUAUUGGCUGAUCAAUUUGGGGUUACUCUACUUCAUCAGGAAUGCUGUAAAACGCUUCUGGAAUGCCUCUCGGAGGACACAGUGUGCCCAAUUCUCCAAGCGAUUUCAUCUGUUUCUUCAUGUAAACUUAUUGAAGAAACAUGCGUGAGGAAGUUGGCAAUGCAUUUCGAUUAUUGUACAACUUCAAGCAUGGACUUUGUCUUGUUAGAUGAAGCAUCAUUUAGCGAUAUUCUUAAGCAUCCAGAUUUGACAGUAACAUCUGAAGAAAGAGUUCUUAAUGCAAUCUUACUAUGGUGCUUGCAAGCAAAGGAGUUGUAUGGGUGGGACGUGGUGGAUGAGACAAUGUUAAAUUUAAUGCCAGAACAUCUUUUUGGGGAGAGGUUCCAUUCUGCUAGUUUAUUGUUGCCACUUGUGCGCUUUCCACUACUCCAGUAUGCCUUGCUUAAAAAGCUGGAAAGGAGUAACCUUAGUAAAAAGAUUCCCACGUUUGAAUAUCUGGUGAAAGAGGCCAUCUCUUAUUUAGAAUUUGGGUUGGCUGAUCCACAGGGUGACCAAAAUGCAAGAUUCCAGCACCGGCGAUCUAGUUUUAAGGAGCUGCAAUACAUAUGUGAUGGGGACGGCAAUGGAGUUUUGUACUUCUCUGGCACAUCCUAUGGGGAACAUCAAUGGGUAAAUCCUGUUCUCUCUAAGAGAAUUUCUAUCAGGGCUAGCAGUCCCAUUUCGAGAUAUACCGACCCUAAGGUUUUGGUUUCUAGGACUUACCAGGGAACGUCCUUCUCUGGACCUAGGAUUGAGGAUGGAAGAAACAAUGCAUGGUGGAUGAUUGACAUUGGCCAAGACCACCAGCUUAUGUGCAACUACUAUACCUUGAGGCAGGAUGGAUCGAGGGCCUACAUUAGAUGCUGGAAUUUUCAGGGUUCUUUGGAUGGGAAGACUUGGACCGACUUAAGAGUGCACGAGAAUGACACGACAAUGUGCAAACCUGGCCAGUUUGCUUCUUGGCCUGUAGUAGGUCCCAGUGCUCUGCUUCCCUUUAGAUUCUUUAGGGUUGUCUUGACUGCUCCCACAAUGGAUGAGUCUAAUCCAUGGAACUUUUGUAUUUGCUUCUUGGAGCUCUAUGGCUUCUUCCGCUAAGUUGACUGCAUCAAACUAUUAGACUUUUCUUCUUUUUUAUGUUUUUGUUUUUGCCCGGACUUGUUAGACCCUCAACAGCCUUAUCACGUACAGUUUCUGCAGAGUGAGAAACAAAGGUGAUAUAUGGGCUCAAAGCCCUUGUAAUUUGGUUUGAUAGCUUCUGUGAUGAACAAAUGAAUAUCGUAAAAUCUCACAUACUCCUCUACUACUUUCUGGAGGAGACAAAA